AUGAUUGAAAGAGCUCAGAAAGGAACCACCCUGGCCGGUAAUCUCAGGUAUGAAUCUUUUUACGCACCCGCUACCCAAUGCAGGUCAUCGAGGGCAAGGGAUUUCUUAAGAACUCAGCUGGGAAUACCAUGGUGCAAACCUGUCGGGAAGUGUAGAUUCCGAGAAGACCGCUUUGCUGCUUUGUGCUGUGAGCGAUUGAUUUACUAUGCCCACCUAUCGAGUGAGAAAAAUAACUUUUAUUACGAAAUAGAAGAGUUGACAUUAUAUCCCUGUGAAAGCGUUGCACGAACCAACAAUGUCAUGAGUUCGAGUUAUGUAGUGGUUCAGUUGGGCUCCAGAGUAAUUCGAAUUGGACACUGUGGUGAUCCAGAACCACUUCUCACAUAUUUUUGGCCCAUUGACCAGGCCUACAACGAACGUUUGACUACACGUUUAUUUCGGCAAUGGGUCCAAGAUCCCUUGAUGGUAGACUGUCGCAAAACGCAUGUCCUAGUAGUUGAAAAUGUGCUUCUUCCCGUAGAGACCAAAAAAAUGAUGGCUCGGAUCUUUCAGGAAUUGUGCAUCGCUGAGGUCAUCUUUAUUCCAGAUGCAUUGAUGUGCUUAGUGGCCGCAGGGCUAAGAAACGGCUUGGUGAUUGACGUGGGUUGGGAGCAUCUACUGGCAAUUCCAGUAGCAGAUCUCCGAAUCCUGGACUGCGGUCUCGAAAUAAGCACCAAAGGUGGCCACUGGCUGGCCCGCCAGAUUUCCUCUGUUAUACGUACUGAGCCGUCUGACUUGGACGAAAUCGUCGAAACUGUGCUCUCAAAAACCUCAAAGCUCUCAAUUGAAGUCAGAUCGGUACAGAAAAAGCUUAUUGAAGAACUGAUAGGCCAAGACAACGCGAGUGAUUUCGACUCGGACGAGUUUCCAAUUUUUGAGCUCGUCUCAUGUUCCCACGAUAGCUUGCCUAUAGAUGUCCGGAAAUCAAUAAAGAAGCACGUUGUGAUGUCAGGAUUGGCUUCUCGAGUUCCUUCACUCAGGGCGCAUUGUGAGAUGUUAUUGCAAGACUUUUGUUUUCUAGACACUUUGGGUCCUUGGAUAGGCGGCAGUUUAUAUUUCGAACAGUUGCUUCGAAUAAGUACGGAGAGAGACUGUGAGCUAAGUGAGCUUGUUCCAAACGACUGGCAUGCUCAGCGAUUCAAAGUUUAUAAAUGA